AUGAAUAUAAAUGAUAAAAAAAAACGUAAAGUUACGUUCGAAGAAAUAGAUGAAGAACAUAAAAAAGCAAAAAAAACUGUUCCACAAGAUACACGUUUACAUAGUGGCAAAUAUACAUUAGAUAGUGAUGAAGACGAUGAUGAUGAACAAGCAAAUGCAAAUGAAAUGAAUCAAAAUGAACUUGAUGAUAUCGGACAAGAAGGUGCAACAAUUGGAUUUGAUGAUGAUGUGAAAAUUACACCAUUUAAUAUUGACGAAGAAUUAGAAGAUGGACAUUAUGAUGAAACAGGAUGUUUUCAUUGGAAAAAGAAAGAUAAAGAAGAAGUUCACGAUGCAUGGCUCGAUGAUAUUGAUUGGACAAAUGUUAAAAAUUAUAAAUUAAAAAAUCCUCAAGCGACCGAUGAAGGCCUUGAUGAUCCAGCAAAAGAUAAUUUAUCUGACGAUGAUAAAGCAGAUGAUAGUAAUGAAUUUAAUGAAAUAAAAAUUAUUCAAUCAAUGCUUUCAAUUAUGCAACCUGGUGAAACAGUUGUUCGUACAAUAAAACGACUUGGAGCAAUUCUAUCAACUAAUAAACCAAAACAACAGGGAAAACAACGAAAAUUACUUCCCGGUGAAAUUCCAAAAUCAACAACUAUCGAACAAACACCUGAAGAAUUAAAAAAAAAUAAACUUUUACUUGAAGAGAUGUCUGGUUGUGCUGAUCAAUUUGUAUCUAAUGGUGAAAUUGAUAUUUAUCAAGAAACAUAUGAACGUCUUAAAUCAAAGCUUGAUCGUUCUCAAACAUCAACUACUUCAAAAGCAACAACAGAUUCAUCAUUUGAUAUGUAUGGUGAUAGUGAUGUAACUUCAUCUACAAAUAAACCAGCAUCAACUAAUACAAAUGCUUCAUCAGAAGUUCUUUGGGAAUAUACAACAGAUGAAAAUUCAGCUGACAAUCUUCAAGGUCCAUUUACCACUGAACACAUGAUACGUUUAACAAAUAUGGAAGGAAAAUUAGAUAAAAAUAUUGUACGUUGUCGUCGUGUUGGUACGCAACAAUUUUAUUCCAUAAAACGUAUUGACUUCGAUCUUUAUCUUGAUUAA